GAGAUCUCUCUGAAUAUGAUUGAAUGUGAGUUGAAUUGAAAGGAAAUUACACAACUAUACUAGAGAGAGAUCUAUCUAAUCUAUUAUUAUUUUCUUUGAAUCUGGAAAUGCAAUGGGUUUAGGGUCGGUAUUGAUAUACACGAUCUUAGCCCUAAUUGUUCUCUUUUUCCUCUCUUCACACUCUCCCUUCAACAAUCACCACUCUUCCCACCGUCAUCGCCGCCUCAAACUCCGUUCCAACUUCACACUCUCUCCAUCCCGUUCCCAUUCUUCUCACCAACCCGUCCCCUUCGACCCACUCGUUGCUGAGCUCGAACGCCACCGCGAAGACAAACAAUGGGAACAACAACACAUCCAACACGCUCCUCCUCACGAAUCCCAACCCGAGUGGGAAGACUUCAUGAACGCUGAAGACUUCAUCAAUGAUGAAGAUAAGUUCAAUGUUACAUCUAGACUUCUUCUUCUUUUUCCCAAAAUUGAUGUCGACCCUGCUGAUCAAUUUGUUGAUCUUCAUGAGUUAACUAUGUGGAAUCUUCAACAAGCUCAUAGAGAGGUUCUUCAUCGUUCUCAAAGAGAAAUGGAACUUCAUGAUAAGAAUCAUGAUGGUUUUGUUUCUUUCUCCGAGUAUGAUCCUCCUAGUUGGGUUAAAUCUGCUGAUAAAGAAUCUUUUGGCUAUGAUAUGGGUUGGUGGAAAGAAGAGCAUUUUAAUGCAUCUGAUGCAGAUGGAGAUGGUGUUCUUAACUUAACUGAGUUCAAUGACUUUCUGCACCCAGCUGAUAGCAACAGCACAAAGCUUCAACAAUGGUUGUGCAAGGAGGAAAUCAGAGAAAGAGACUCAGACAGAGAUGGGAAGGUCAACUUCAAAGAAUUUUUCCAUGGGCUCUUUGAUUUGGUAAGAAACUAUGACGAAGAAAGUCACAAUGACUCCCAUCAUUCUGAUAAUUCAUUGGAUGCUCCAGCUAGAAAAUUGUUUGCUCAGCUUGACCAAGAUGGUGAUGGGUUGUUAUCGGAUAUUGAACUACUGCCUAUAAUUGGGAAACUCCAUCCGUCCGAGCAUUAUUAUGCAAAGCAACAAUCAGAAUAUAUCAUUUCACAGGCAGACGUUAACAAAGAUGGGCGGCUCACUUUGCCUGAGAUGAUCGAGAAUCCAUAUGUAUUUUAUAGUGCUAUUUUCAACGAUGAUGAAGAUGAAUAUAAUGAUUACCAUGAUGAGUUCCGAUAAAUUCAUGUUAGAAUAUUGAAACAAUUUCAGUGACAAGGAGUCCAAAUUUGAAGGUUAUGAGAUGGCAGAGUUUUGAUGUUUUGCCUUUAUUAGGUUGCUAGUCUCAAUCCUGGUGGGGUUUUUGGGAAUGGCAACAUUGGUUGCUUCUUUCCAUUCAUAUUAUCUGUUGCUGAUAGGAUCCACCAUGGCUUGUCAUGGAGUCACACCUAGAUCAUCUGGAGGGUAAUAGGAUCUUAACUUCAUUGUAAAAUUAGAAUGAUAUAUACAGAUUUUCAAAUCACACUGGAUGAGCCGUCAUUAAUUAAGUGUUACACUCAGUUCUCGAUGGAUAACACAUGUACCAUAUAACUAUAUUGACCAAUUUGACCGUCAUGUUCCUAGAUGGACUAAAAGAUUUAUUUUUGAACCCAA